AUGUCAAGCAUCGGAACAGACGGUCUUUCCGUCACUUAUUCCUCUGACCGAACUGGGUCUCCGGAUCUACGCUUGAUCCACUAUAAUGAUGUCUACCACGUCGAAUCUGGCUCUGCAGAGCCUGUCGGUGGGGUGUCUCGGUUCCAAUCCCUUGUAAAUCACUACCGUUAUCACCCACAGUUCGCCGGGCAGCCCGAUAUCCUGACCUUCUUCUCCGGCGAUGCUUUCAACCCGAGUAUCGAAAGUACAAUCACAAAGGGCAGACAUAUGGUACCGUUCCUCAACGCUGUGGGCACCGAUGUAGCGUGUGUGGGUAACCAUGAUCUCGAUUUUGGAGUCGCCCAAUUCCGCCAUUUGGCCAGCCAAUGUCACUUUCCUUGGCUAUUAGCGAACGUUCUUGACCCAGCACUAGGGGCGGAUACCCCAAUAGCCGACUGCGGAAAGUCUCGGAUGUUGACAUCCAAUGGGCUCAAGAUCGGUGUGUUGGGUCUUGGAGAAAGAGAAUGGCUCGGCACAAUAAACUCUCUUCCGCCUGAUCUGAUCUACAAAUCCGCAUCCCAAACAGCUCGAGUGCUUGCGAAACAGCUCCGAGAUGAAGGAGCAGAUCUCGUCAUCGCUGUCACCCACCAACGUGAACCGAACGACUACAAACUGGCUAACAACCUGUCACCUGAUCUUGUGGACAUCAUUCUCGGAGGCCAUGAUCAUUUUUACGCCCAUGCUGUUGUCAAUGGAAUCCAUGUGAUGCGGUCAGGGACCGACUUCAAACAGUUGAGUUACAUUGAGGCUUUCCGCAAACCGGACGGCUUGCCUGGUUGGGAUUUCAAUAUUGUACGGCGAGAUGUUGUUCGCUCAAUUCCCGAAGAUCCUGAUAUGGUGGCGAUGGUGACCCGCCUAACUUCCAGCCUCAGGGCUAAACUAGAAAAGCCAAUCGGAUUUACGGUCAGCCCGCUCGAUGGCCGGUUUUCUACUGUGCGGCAGCGUGAAUCUAAUUUGGGAAAUUUUGUAUGUGACCUGAUGCGCUUCUACUAUGCGGCUGAUUGUGCCAUGAUGGCGGGCGGGACAAUUCGCGGCGAUCAAAUCUAUCCGCCAGGAAUACUGAAGCUGAAGGAUCUACUGAACUGCUUCCCUUUCGAAGACCCCGUGGUGUUGUUGCGCGUUCCAGGCCAUGCACUGCUAGCUGCACUCGAGAAUGGGGUUAGCCAGCUUCCUGCACUCGAGGGGCGAUUCUCGCAAGUAUCCAAUAUCAAGUACGGGUUUAAAAUGGAUGCACCGUCGGGGUCACGAAUUACAUUCGCCCGUGUUGGCGGCGAGCCUAUUGACUUACAACGUGACUAUCUUCUCGCCACACGCGGGUAUAUGGCCCGAGGAAAAGACGGGUUCACGUCAUUGCUUAUCCAAUCCGAAGGAGGUGAUGUGGAAGAGCUUGUGUCUGAGGAAAAUGGCGUGCUCAUCAGUACAAUCCUACGGCAAUAUUUCCUAAGUCUUAAAGUCCUCGGAAAAUGGAACCGCUGGAGCGCCAGCUUAGGUCGGCACUGGAGUAUUGUGCAUCGUAACCUGCAUGGUGAGGGCUGGCUGAAGCCAGCAUCUCCUAAAAAAGAGAAGAAAGCAUGCGACCUGCUGAACCCGCGGCCUGCACUCCGGCGGACAGCCCGGUCAGCAUACUACUAUGGUCGAUUUCCCGAAGAAGUCGAACAGGGCACCAACGUUAUCGCCGGGGACGAGACGAAUGGUAAUGCCAUGGACUCCGACUCAGACGAGGAUCCAGAGAUUCUCACAUCCUCGCGACCAACCACAAAUUACGUCACUCAACCAGCGAAAUCAUCCGCUGAAGAGGAGUAUCUUCUACAAAUUGCGCGGCGAGUUGUCCGAAAAUGGAUGCGGCACGCAGGUCUGCAGUGCAGGACGUUGAAUACUAUGGACGGCGAAGGGGAAUUCACUCCGGCCUGGACGUCGGGAAUCUCUCCUCGACUAGAGGGACGCAUUGUGGUAGAGUAG